UUGUUAGCAUGAUAGCUGUGUAUUUCCAUUCUGAUUCCUGUUUGACUCAGUGCAGCUGUGACAUUUAUGCAAAUACGACAGUGGUCAUUGAAGCGUAAAUCCUCACAGAACAACAAGCUAGUACGUCGUUGUGCGGGGACUUUUAAAUCAUCCAAGAUCUUCCAUAAGAAUGAUGGCUUCAGUAGGCAGCAUUUUUCUGAUCACCUGCAUGACAGUGGUUUGCACGGGGCUGAAGGUAGACCGGCCUUGGCUGAGGGUCCAGCUGUCUCACCGGGCCGUGCUGGAGUGCUGCUACCGGACCGGCGCUGUCAACCACCAAACCACUUGGUUCGUGCACGGCCAGCCCACCAACGGCACCGCCAUCCCAGUUCCAGUCUUCAUGUCAGACCGAGUGAGCUUGGGCUACAGAACGCAUGCUGAGGUCACCUGCGGGACCCUCACCUUUGGUGAGGUGAAGGUGACCGACGUGGGCCUGUACAGAUGUUGGUUCAACAACUCUGGCGUCCUCACACCCGGCACCUACCUGCAGGUCUACGAGCCGCUGAAGAAAACGAUAAACCUCACAGAGAAGACUAAGAACAGCAUCCUGAUGGCCGAAGGAAUCUUACUUCUUCUGUGCCUCCUGGUGCCUUCGGCCUCGCUCUUCUGCAAGGCCAAGCAACUCCAUGAACUGCAGCGGAAGGCAAAGAGGGAAGAGGAGAACAUUUAUCAGGGCCUCAAUCUGGAUGACUGUGACAAGGCAGCAAACCUCUACCAGGAUCUGGUUGCCAACAUUCGGGAGGAAAUCCAGCUGGAAAACCCAUGAAUGGAACGGAAGAAACGAAGGGGGGGGGGGGGGCUUAUAGGGGCGGGCUAUUUUGCAGAGUGGGGUCUUUGUUUCCACUGUGUGUGCAAUAAGAUUGGUCAAUGUAUUCAUUGCUUUUUGUAGCUAAUAUGGUGCUUAAUCUUCUUUUCUGGUUUGUGUGUAUUUUUAACCUUUAAAAGUCAACUUACUUGCCAAGUGCACAGAAUUAGCAGGGCACAGGGACUUUAGAUCAUUCAAUGAUUCAACAAGUGAUUAUAUCUUGUGAACAUUUGAGGGGGUUCUAGGCUUUUUGUUGCUGUUUCCAUGAGGUUUUUAUUAAAUUUGUUUUACAAUUUUAAAUUUUAUUUUAAGAUGGUAAAUCGGUUUCUCACUUUUUUCUUAAUAAAUCUCAGUGUUUUCCCCA